AUGGCGAUGAGCACCCAAAGAGCCUCUGCACCACUUCUUUCUCUGGAAUCAGCUCCUCGAUGGAAGUACGAUGUGUUUUUGAGUUUUAGGGGUGUAGACACCCGCAAAGGUUUUGUAUCCCAUUUAUACCACGAAUUGUGCAAGUUCCAAGGAAUUACAACUUUCCUUGACGAUCGAGAGCUUGAAGAAGGAACAAGUAUUCCUCUUGAGCUCCCGAGUGCGAUAAAAGAAUCGCAUAUUGCAAUCGUUGUUCUUUCACCAAACUAUGCUUCUUCCAAAUGGUGCUUGAAUGAACUUACAACCAUUCUUCAAUGCAUGGAAGCUAGGAACUCAGUUCUGCCGGUCUUUUACGAGACAGAUCCAUCCGACGUUGGAAAUCAACGGGGAUCUUUUGCCAAAGCCUUCGCGGAGCAUGAAGAAAAGUUCAUCACUACCGAAGAUAAAAAGAAGGUUGUCCAAUGGAAGGCUGAUCUAAAAAGACUGUCCAAAAUUUCUGGUUGGCAUUCAAAGCAAUACAAGUAA